AUGAAUCAUGUAAAAUAUAACAAAAGAGAAUCCACAGAAGAAUUUACCACCAUGGACAACGAACAACCCCAUCAAGAGUUGGUCAAAUGCGUGGUCGUGGGGGACACAGCGGUAGGAAAAACCAGGUUGAUAUGCGCACGCGCAUGCAACAAACACGUUUCUCUCUCACAGCUGAUGACUACACACGUGCCUACUGUGUGGGCGAUCGAUCAGUAUCGGAUUUAUAAGGAUGUCUUGGAACGAUCAUGGGAAGUCGUAGACGGAGUAAAUGUCUCAUUGAGACUUUGGGAUACUUUCGGUGAUCACGAAAAGGAUAGAAGAUUUGCUUAUGGAAGAUCCGACGUUGUGUUGUUAUGUUUCUCAAUAACUAAUCCUAUUUCAUUGAGAAACUGCGGGGCCAUGUGGUAUCCUGAAAUACGACGAUUCUGCCCAAACACACCAAUUUUACUUGUGGGAUGUAAGAACGAUCUCCGUUAUAUGUACAGAGAUGAGACUUAUUUAAACUAUUGCAAGGAUAGAAGCCCAUUUAUCAGAGCUCCAAGGAAAAGCGAUCUAGUAAUGCCAGAUCAAGGGCGCGCCUUAGCGCACGAGUUCGGGAUAUAUUAUUAUGAAACGUCCGUAUUCACUUAUUACGGUGUGAAUGAAGUGUUUGAGAAUGCGAUACGAGCCGCCCUUAUUGCAAGGCGACAGCAGAGAUUUUGGAUGACUAAUCUCAAAAGAGUUCAAAGGCCGCUUUUACAGGCCCCUUUUAGGCCACCAAGACCGCUAGAACCCGAAGUUGUGGUAGCGAAUAGUGCUCUCUUGGAAAAUAUGACUGGUUUAUUAAGACAACAGUACUUCACGGACAUGGUGAUAAUAUGCGGCGCGAAGGGCUUCCCCGUGCACAGGUACCUGAUGGCGGCCGCGUGCGAGGCCUUCCACCGCCUGCUGACGACGGACUGCGUCAGUCUGUCCGCGGAACUAGCGAGGAGCUCCAGCGAGAGUAGUAUGGUGAGCAGUAUGGGAGAAGCGACCGCUGGCGAGUUCAAUGAAGAUACUGAAUAUCUUAUAAGGCAAGAUCAAGCAAAACAAAUGAAAGUACUAGAUCAUAUAAAACGUCGUUCGUCUUGUCAAAUUCUGCCGCUCAGUGACAGUUGUAAGAAACCACCGGAUUUAUAUAGAGAAGUGAAUCAUCCCGCGAUCGUUUCCAUACGAGUUGUUAAGUGUGAUAAAAUCCAACACGCCACAUCACGGACCCAAACAAUAGUGACGAUGAGUAAGCUCAUAUCGCAAAACGUGAUGCAAGAGAUCAUUAACUUCGCGUACACCGGCGUCAUAGACAGCGGUGCGUUUAAACAGCAGUCCGCUGCUAUUGGAUUACUACUGGAAAUACGUCAAGCGGCCGAAUUACUCGGCUUUCACGAACUGACGAAACUCAGCCAGUUCAUACUCGACCAGCAUUUGCUCUUCGAUAAGGGGUUCAUGCAUCAGUUUUAUUCCCCUCUCCCCCAAAGACUACGAGACAUGUACGUAGAGCGCAACCUCUUCUCAGACGUGACGUUCGACCUCGACGACGGCAUACACCACGCGCACAGAGCCAUGCUCAUGGCGAGGUGCGACCCCAUGAAAGCUAUGUUCCAGGGACACUUUAGGGAGAGCACUUCUAGGGUGAUAUCCUUCCCAGGCGUGAAAAUGUAUGCGUUCCAUAUUUUCUUAUGCUACAUUUACUCCGACAAAAUACCCACAGUGGAACCGACCAGGUGUUUGGAACUACUGGAACUGGCGAACAGAUUGUGUAUGAAUAGAUUGGUCAAUUUAGUGGAAGCCAGGGUCAUAGAUACUCUUCAGCAUCAGGACAGACUCGGAGAAGAUGAUCAGGUUGUGGAAAUCGCACUAUCUCUAUUAGAACCUGUAAAACUGCACAACGCGCACAACCUAUCGGAGUGGUGCACGUGGCGGCUGUGCGGCGCCUACGACCGCGUGUGCCGCGCGCGCCACCUCAGCGCCGCCUCGCGCGACUACCUCGCCGACAACCGCUGGCCGCCCGUCUGGUACGUGAAAGAGUUCGACUACUAUCAAAAAUGCGUGACGGAACAGUCCAAAGAACAGAAGGAGAUCAGACCAAAUACAUCACUACAGGCGAACCAGCAGACUGGCUGCUUAUGUUUUUCCAGUAAAGUGCGUCGCGAGAGCGUCCCGGCGGACGCGAGCACCGCGCUGUGCCGCACCGAGCCGCAGCAGCCGCCGCUC